UUGAUAGCUUACUUUAAGUUAUAAACACGAACAAUUACGAAAAAAGAGGAAACGGUUACUGAGUAUCUUUUCGACAACGUGACAACAGGAAAAGACUCCUAAAACAGAUCCGAAAAUCUACUCACACGAUGUCCUCUGCAAUAAAUAUCCACGACGUAUUACUAUGCGGACUUAUCCUGUGCGGUCUAGUGACCUUGAUACGGGGUCAUGGGCGUCUCGUGGAGCCCCCGUCUCGGUCCAGCAUGUGGAGAUUCGGGUUCAAGACCCCCGUCAACUACAAUGAUAACCAGCUGUACUGUGGAGGAUAUGACGUCCAGUGGAAACAAAACGGUGGCCGAUGUGGUGUUUGCGGAGACCCCUUCAACGGGGUCCGGGAGAACGAGGCUGGAGGCCGGUAUGCUACGGGCACGAUCGCACGCCAUUAUUCCGAAGGACAGACUAUAACUGUCACCAUUGACGUCACCACAAACCACGGAGGAUACUUCGAAUUUAGGAUAUGUCCAACCAAUAACCUUCGUAACCCAGCAACAGAAGCGUGUUUGAACCAGAACCUGUUACGUCAGCCGAAUGGACAGACCAAGUGGUAUUUACCGGAAGGAACACGUACAUUCUCGUUGAAUCUUGUCUUACCGCGAAGUUUGACGUGUUCCCAAUGUGUUCUGCAAUGGAAAUGGAAUACAGCCAGUAACUGGGAUUGCGACGUCAACAAUAACUGCUGUAAAGGCUGCGGACCACAAGAACAAUUUCUCGGUUGUGCUGAUGUUGCCAUUGGUUCAAAUAACGAUAUUCAAACGCAAGUCAACGCAAUAAGCGCGCAACGUUUACCACUUGGAUCCAUCCAGCCUGACGUCAAGCCUUCGAAUAACGUAUUGAGCAAUACUGGCCCAAACGGUUUUAUUCCCGUAAACGCUGCGAGUUUAUUCCCGCCCCAUCCAACAUUGGUGGUAGAUCUGACGUGA